AUGGUGAGCUCCUUUUUCCACUUUGCCCGCUCUUUGCCGUCCCUGGCACAACUGCGACCAACAGCGCCAAGAACUGAGGAAGAGGCACAAUCGCAUUCCAUAGACGCGCAAAACUCGCGGCAACUAACCUGUUAUUUAACGCAAGGCGCUGGCGCCCCUCCAGCAUCACACCAACCCCCUCCGAGAUAUGGCCAGCAUCAACAACCGUCUCAUCCCCCAAGCCACCCUCUUCCCGGGAUUGGCCAGUCGAUGCAACAUUCACCCCCACAAGCAUCUCUAAACCGCGAACGUGAAAGAGACUCGAGAGAGCGAGACCGAGAUCGAGACCGGGACCGAGACCGUGAGCUAGAAAGACAACGAGAGCUAGCUCGCGAAGACGAAAUGAUCCACAGAGAGCGCGAAUACCGAGAACUAGAACGGGAACGGGAACUCAUGGAUCGGUAUAAUCGCGACCAACCGCAUCAUCCUGUACAAAGCCACGCCGGCCCAAUUCCUAUUCACCAACCCGUCGCGUCCAAAGGUCACAACCCCCUCGGUGGGCCUAAUGGCCUGCUCUCAAACCUGGGCGCAAGCGCUGCACCUAACCCUCAACAAGGUCCUAUUCCUAGUUCGAAUGCACCUGGAGGUUUAUUUGGCAACCAGAUGCAACAGCACGCAGAUGGUCCUCCCCGAGCAUAUCUCCACCAAGGCCAGCCACCUCAGCAAUCAAUGCUUGGGUUCAAUGGCAAUGCACCACCUCAGAUCCCGGGAAGUGUAGCUGCUUUGGCACAAGGGCAACAACCAAUAUUAAACGAUGCAUUAAGCUAUCUUGACCAGGUGAAGGUUCGAUUCGUCGAACAGCCUGAUGUCUAUAACCGCUUCCUGGAUAUAAUGAAAGACUUUAAAAGUCAAGCAAUUGACACCCCUGGCGUUAUCCAACGGGUUUCUACUCUGUUCAACGGCCAUCCGACACUUAUCCAGGGGUUUAAUACGUUUCUGCCACCCGGUUACCGAAUUGAAUGCGGCACUGAGGAUAACCCAGAUGCGAUCCGGGUGACAACUCCAUCAGGAACAAAUACUAUUUCAAUGCAGUCGGCAACGAGGCCGCCUUUGGAAGCAGCGAGUGACUCGGUGCCGCAAGGAGGGCCUGGACCUGCUGCGGGAUCCGACUACUAUGACCAACCUCGCUCCGGAUGGCAACAACCACCCACCCAAGGCCAACAACAACCACAACAAAUGUCGAGAAUGAACAUGGGUCCCGGCGGGCCUUACUCUCCAAAAGGCCAUUUAAUGCCAUCCGCGAUUUACGGCGGGAAACAAGGCGCGCAAAACCAGCCCCAGGAGUCAGCUUAUGAUUACCCGGGCCAGCAAGACCAACAAGCGCAAAAUAACGCUGCGGCAAUUGCACAUCAGCAGGAACAACGAGGCGUUUCACAGUUGCAGAGCGCCGUGUCUGCUGCCACAGCAGGGUCUGGACGAUCGUCAGUGAUGAACAUGAGCGGUAUGCAGCCCCAAGGGCCAGCCCAGCCCAUGAAUAACCUGGGGAGUUUGGGGCCUGGUGUGCUUCAUAGUGUGCAGGGUGAUAUGAGUAAACGCGGUCCUGUUGAGUUCAACCAUGCUAUCAGCUACGUUAAUAAGAUCAAGAACCGCUUUGCCGAUUCCCCCGAUACGUAUAAACAGUUCCUCGAAAUCCUCCAGACAUACCAGCGAGAGUCGAAACCAAUUCAAGAUGUGUACGCCCAGGUUACUCUCCUCUUCAACUCCGCCCCAGACCUCCUCGAAGAUUUUAAACAAUUCCUUCCCGAAUCAGCGGCCCAGGCAAAGGCUCAAGCAGCAGCAGCUCGCCAGGCAGCCGAAGAGGCUACACCCAUCAGUAACAUACGGGGAGAGCCUGGAUAUGCAAGUUCGUCCACCUUGCUCCAGGGGCAAAACCGCGAUGUGAAGAUGCCCCCUCUGGGUCAGUUUAACGUGAAGGAGCCUACAAAAGAUAUCAAGAAACGACGUGGCCAACCUCCCGCCCAGCCUCCAGGAAGUACUGGUUUGGGAGCAGCCCCAAGUGCAGUUGCCGAUUCUGCUAGCAUCACCGGUAGCCAGUCGAAUAGGGCUCCAGGUGUCCAGCCCGGCGCUGUUGGCAAAAGAGCCAAACUGAGCCACAAACCGACGACCCAAGCUGAAGCCCCCCCUGCUGUAUCUCCAACGCUCGUACCCGCUCUUCCAGAACCGAUAUCUCCCUCCUUUUCACUGACUCCGUCUCAUGAAGAAUAUGCGUUCUUCGAUCGCGUCAAGAAGUACAUUGGAAACAAGCAAACUUUUGGGGAAUUCUUGAAGCUUUGUAACCUCUAUUCGGCGGACCUAAUUGAUAGGAAUAUCCUUAUCAACCGAGCGGCUAGUUUCAUCGGAGGCAACCAGGAGAUUAUGUCAUGGUUCAAGAGGUUUAUGCAUGUUGAGCCCAAGGAUGAGAUCAUUGAGCCGAAAGCCAAACCUGAGUCCGGCGUUGUCAAUCUGUCGCAUUGUCGCGCCCUUGGUCCUAGUUAUCGCUUGCUACCGAAACGUGAGCGCCAGAAGCCUUGCAGCGGCCGUGAUGAUAUGUGCCAAAGCGUUCUCAAUGAUGAAUGGGCCUCCCAUCCCACGUGGGCCUCGGAGGAUUCGGGCUUUGUUGCUCAUCGGAAAAAUCAGUACGAAGACUCUCUGCAUCGUAUUGAAGAGGACAGGCAUGACUACGAUCAUCACAUCGAAGCGUGUAUUCGUACCAUUCAGCUUAUGGAGCCCCUUGUCCAACAAAUGUCGACAAUGACUGAAGCGGAGAGAGCGAAUUUCAAACUCCCUCCAGGGCUGGGAGGGCAGAGUGAAACAAUUUACAGGAGGAUCAUUAAGAAGAUUUAUGAUAGGGAGCGUGGCCAGAGAGUUAUCGACGAAAUGUUUGCACGGCCAUGCACUGUGCUUCCCAUUGUUCUUGCACGACUUAAGCAGAAGUGUGAAGAAUGGAAAGCUAGCCAACGUGAAUGGGAUAAAGUAUGGCGUGAGCAAAUGCAAAAAGGUUUUUGGAGGAGUCUUGAUCACCAAGCUAUUAUCAUGAAAGGGUCAGAUAAAAAGUUAUUCGUCGCGAAACACAUCCAACACGAAAUCCAGGCCAAGCUCGAAGAACUUCGAAAUAUUAGAAAGAGCGGAUAUCAAGUUCCCAACUAUCAAUUUGAUUUCGCGUUCGAUGAUGCCGAGGUUCUUGUAGACGCAACUCACCUUUUGCUGUGCCAUAUCGACCACAACUCUACCGGUUUCGGGGCAGACCCAAACAAAGUCAUGAACUUCUUGAAGGACUUCAUUCCCGUAUUUUUUGGCAUGGAUCGUGAGGGCUUCAAAACGUACCUAAGCGAAGUUUAUGAUACCACACCGGUCAGCGAGGAAGCUGAAGAUGAAACACCCCCGCCUGAAGAUGUUUCUACCAUCCGAUCACGGAAGAUUGCGAAUGGCAAAAAGUUAGACCUUCUGCGUGAUGUUCUUGAGCGCCGCAAUGAAAAGGUUCCACGUGUUGAUCGAGACAUUAGUGUACGUUCUGGUAGCCGAGCAUCCACGCCAGGUAUAGGGACUCUUGUUCCGUCCACCCCAAUUCCGGACCCAACUGAGCCAUUCGAUGUUGCUGAAUUGAAGUGGAUGGAGCAUCCAAGCCAGGGUAACUUCAACCAGCAGCGCGAAGUUCCCUUGAAUGAAUCAUACAAGAAGAAGGUUCAUCAUCUCUACUGCAACUUAAACAUCUACUGCUUUAUCCGCACCUUCGAAAUUUUCUAUACCCGCCUUCUCCGCAUUAAGUUGUAUGAGAAAGAUGCCCACGAAGCUGUACGCAGGGCGAUGGCUUCAAAGGCUGCCUACGAUCUUGGAAUGAUCGACAAGUCUCCUUCUGAUCUCCUCUAUGAUACGGACCCAAAAUCUAAUCUGUACCAUCAGAUCGUCCGCAUGUGCGAGGAAGUAAUUAAGGGAAACAUCGAAAUGUCCCAUAUGGAGGAGACACUACGUCGGUUUUACCUGAAGACUGGCUGGCAGCUUUACAACUUGGACAAGAUCCUGAGUGGAAUCUCUAGAUAUGCCGGUGGGAUUUUCAACUCUGAUCCCAAGGAUAAGAGCUCAGAUAUCAUCAAUAUCUUCUUCAAAGAGCGUGGCAAGGACAUGACAACUCAUAACCAGGAGAUCCAAUACCGCAAGCAGAUUGAAAAAUUAAUUAAGGAAGGGGAUAUUUACCGAGUUACUUUCGUUCCGGCUACCAAGCACGUUACGGCUCAGCUGUUAACCGCUGAAGACGGCACCCUUGACAAUGAAGAGCUCAAUGCAGAAGCCAGAUGGUCCUACUAUGUCUCUGCGUUCACAAUGCGUGACCCGACUGAAGGAGUACCAUUCUCACAAAUGCGCAUGCCUUUCUUGAAGCGGAACCUUCCUGGCAAAAUGGAUUCGGAUGAAGAAUAUAACCUGUAUUACAAGCCUCUCGUUAGCCACGACGGGUUGGUCAUACGUAUAUGCGCCAACAGCUACCAUAUUCUCUACGAGCCUGGCACCGAGGAUUGGUGGUAUCGCCGGGCUAAUCCAGAAGAAGAUCUUGCAGAGGCUGCGAAGGAGCGCGCUGCAGCCAGGGAAAGGCGCAAAGAGCGGUUCCGGGAAAAGUUCGUCAGCAAUCCCAGCUGGGUUCACGGGCUCACGAAGGAAGAAGUCGAUCAGGCAAAUCAACGAUUCCGAUCGUGGGUUGGUGAGAUAGAGGCGGAAGUAGAACCUGCAACGACAGGUGACGAUGGUCGUGGUCAUAUUAAACAGGAUGGGGAUAUCGUGAUGAAGGAAGAUAAUGGCCAAAAAGGAGACGAAGAAAUGACCGAUGCGGCUCCAGAAGUGGCAGUCGAGGCGUCGUCGUGA